CGGAUUGGAGGCUCGUGGGAGCGCUCUGCCCGCGUCUGUUGCAGGCAGGAGCACGUUGGGGAAGCGGCGAGGCGAAGGCGGCUUGGCUUUUCAGCCUGGGAGGGGCGGUGGGUGGGUAGAUGCCGCCGCCGCCGCCGCCGCCGCCGCUUGCUUCAGCCCGGGAGGCUGGCAGGUGAGCUGCGGCAACAAAUCGCCGUGAGCCGCGGCGAUCGCUCCUCUGGAAACCGAGCGAAGGCUUUGCGGAGCGGGAGCGCCUUGCUGGGGAAGUUCUUUCCAGAGAUCCAUGUGGCCAAGAUCCCCACCUUGGACUCUUCAAAAAAUCUUUUCAGUCCUGAUGGCUCGUACUAUCAUCUAAUAACAUAAAAAGCCAGGAUUCAGCUAUGGAUGAGUCUACAGCUGAGAUUGUUGGCCAAGCCACAGACAUGUGGCUCAGCAAAGAUGCUCAGAUUGAGCUUGCCGAAAGAGUAGCUGCCAUCAGUGUAACUGUUGGUCCCAAUGGAAUUACACCAAACAGUCAGAAAGCAACAGAAGAAAGUGUCCUUCUGUUAUCUAAUUGCACAGCUGAAGACAACCAAAGGAAUGGGGUCAAUGUUGAUUCAGGCACCUCUGAAGAACUGGAUGGCACCAAUGAGUUGCAUGAGCCAAAGAAGAUCCCCAAAAGGCCCAUUUUGACUGGCAGGAAGUAUUCCCUUCAAGAAAAGACUACUGGAAAUUACUUGAGUUCCUCUGAUCUUCCAGAUUUUGGUCCAUAUGCCACGGGACCCUCCACGCAUAUUUCACCACGAACAGGGAGGAGGCCGACAAUAGAGUCCCACCGAGUCUCCAUCUCAGAUGCUGCGGAUUGUGUGCAGCUGAAUCAAUACAAACUGAAAAGUGAAAUAGGAAAGGGUUCUUACGGAGUUGUGAAGCUGGCCUACAAUGAAAAUGAUGAUCAAUAUUAUGCCAUGAAGGUCCUCUCAAAGAAGAAGUUGUUAAAACAAUAUGGAUUUCCACGCCGCCCUCCACCUCGGGGAUCGAAAACCACUGCAAGUGGACAGAUGAAGCCAAUGGCCCCUCUAGAUCGGAUAUAUCAAGAAAUAGCAAUUUUGAAGAAGUUGGACCAUAUCAACAUUGUCAAGCUGAUUGAGGUAUUGGAUGAUCCUGCAGAGGACAAUCUAUACAUGGCAUUCGAUCUCCUCCCAAAGGGGCCUGUCAUGGAGGUGCCGUGUGACAAUCCUUUUUCUGAAGAACAAGCUUGGCUCUAUUUCAGAGACAUUGUUUUGGGCAUUGAGUACUUGCAUUAUCAGAAGAUCAUUCAUCGAGACAUCAAACCAUCAAACUUGCUCUUGGGGGAUGAUGGACAUGUCAAAAUUGCUGAUUUUGGAGUGAGCAAUCAGUUUGAAGGCAGUGAUGCCCAGCUCUCCAGCACUGCUGGGACCCCAGCCUUCAUGGCCCCUGAAACUAUUUCAGAUUCUGGAAAGAGCUUCAGUGGAAAGGCUCUAGAUGUCUGGGCAAUGGGUAUCACUCUCUUUUGUUUUGUAUAUGGGAAGUGUCCCUUCAUAGAUGAAUUCAUCCUGGCACUUCACAAUAAGAUCAAAAACAAGCCCGUGGAGUUUCCAGAAGAGAUCAAGACCAGUGAGGAACUAAAAGAUCUGAUUCUGAAGAUGCUGGAAAAGAACCCUGAAUUAAGGAUAACUGUUCCUGAAAUUAAAGAACAUCCAUGGGUCACAAAGUAUGGCAAGCACCCUCUUCCUUUAGAGGAAGACCAUUGCACCAUAGUAGAAGUAACUGAAGAAGAAGUGAAGAACUCAGUCAAGACAAUUCCUAGUUUACCUGCAGUGAUUUUAGUGAAGGCCAUGCUGAGGAAACGAUCAUUUGCCAACCCAUAUGAGACCCAAACGAGGCGAGAAGAACGGUCUAUGUCAGCUCCAGGGGACUUACUAAUAAACCAAGGAAACCGGGAAGGGCUUAAAGACCCAGAACUGCCCGAUGUGAAUGAAGAUGAGACCACCUCUUGAAACCCCUCGAAUCACACAGACUGAUCACCCAGCUAGAGCUGCUGCUGUAACUAUUGUAAUUGGUGGUGUUGUCCUGCACGCCAUGCUGUUCUCAUCAACUGGGGUUUGUGGUCUGUGGGAGAGAAAGAAGACACAAGUGCAAUGCUAAGGACUAAAACAGCAAACCCCAACCCAAGAAACGGUACACCGGAUAGCUAAUUCUUCAUACAACCUGCUGCCUGCAUUUCCUUUUUUUUCACGAGAUAGACAUUUUGAUGUUGUAAACUUGAUAUGUGCCUCUUCCAGCUGUGUUUCACAUUGUGGUAAUGUGUUUGCUGAAUUUUGCUGAACGUUCCUUCCUUGCCAGGAACUGCUCGGUUAACAGUUCUGUUCCAGCUCUAAUUUAGGCAUGAGCUAUUAAGCAAUCGGAUUGCAAGCCCAAGUUGUUAUUCAACACAAUAGAGACCUUUCACCUCUCUAACCGCUGGCUCAAGGGCGCCUGUAACUUUGGCUUGUUUUGAAAUGCAACAACAAUACAGUAGCCCUGUGGUAAGUAUUCAACUCGUUUUGCUUGAGCAUGUUUCUUUAGUUGUGCAUGGCUGUAUUUGUUGGAACACGCUAAAAACUAGAAAGGCUUCUGGAUUUCUCCUCUUUUAGAUAUUUCCCCCAAUUCUGAAUUAUCUGCUCAUUUCCAGAAAGACAUUCUAAAUUAAGAGAGCUAAGAUUACAGUUUCCCCUUGUCUUCUGCCUUCUUUUUGCACAUGGAAAAGGGCUAAAGCUCAGUCGGAGGGUAUAGUUUUCUGCAUGCUUUUGGAUCCAAUUCCUGGAUCCAUCUUCUUAUGGAACUGAGGAGGCCUCUUCUGUGAGAUGAUGAAUGCUGCUGCUGGCCAGAACUGACAAUAUUCUGUUAGAUGAUUCAUGGUUUGACUUCAUAUAAGUUAGCAUCAGAUAUUCCUUCCGAAUGAUAUCCAAAAAAGCAAAACUGACAUUAUGUAAGUAAUGGCUAUGCCAUGUCAGAAUUCUGCCCCUAGAAGAUAGCUUUGGAUUCCAUGUUCUCAUAGAACUGGGUAUGUUUGGAUUUUUGAGCUAACUUACUUCUGUGUCAGCCACUGCAAAAGAAAAACUGCAAAAUUUCAAUUUUUAAGUAUAAUUUUCAGGUUUGGGGGUUGAGGAAAAGGGUGGCUUUUUCCCAUUUAUUCCUGAUUCUUCUUACCUCCCUCCAUCUCAACUCAAAGCUCUUACGACAGAUUUCACUGGCUGUCCUGUCAGUAAACUUCACCUUCAUCUUUCUAGUCUAAAUAUUUAGAAGAAAUUGUAGAGGGGGAAAUGGGCCAUAAGUUUAUUUUGUGAAAUUGUUUACCAGCAUACAGGAGCCUCAUCAUACAAAAAGAAUCUUGAUUCAGUCAUACAUGUAAUCAGGAUCAAAAUUAAUGGGAUGUAGAGGGAGCAUUUCCAACUGCACCACUGCACCAGUAGAUCUGUUCUAGUGGCAUAAUUAAUUGUAAAAAUGCUCAUUAAACCAGAUUCGUUCAUUCCUCUGGGUUGAAAUAAACACACAGGAUAUGCAGUAUAUAUAACAUGCCAUUGCAAAAUGUCAAACUUAAUAACUGGAAUGCAUUUCUCAAAAGUUUGCCUACAGCCAUGAAUCUCAAGGCAGAAAACAUUUCCAAGGCCAUUUUCAUGUCAAGAGGGCCUGUCCUUUCAGCAGAUAGUUGCCUUUCUGCCUUGAUUUGUGUAGUCUCAGAGAAUCUGUCACUGAUUUUAGAUUGAUCUGCCAAUAGACACAGUGAGAUCCAAAUGUGGAAGAAUAACCCUUUCCACAUCCAGAAUACAUUUACAGAAUACAAACCCAUUUAGGUCCCAUCAGAAUUUUAUUUCAGAAUAACAGAGUUGGAAGGGACCUUGGAGGUCUUCUAGUCCAACCCCCUGCUCAGACAGGGAACCCUAUACCAUUCCAGACAAAUGGUUGUCCAAUCAUGAUCCCUGCAACAAUUUUAGUCCAUCGGCAAAAGUUCUGUAAGUCUAUAAAGACACUUAUUCAGAAUCAGAUUCAUUAGGACUAUAAAGUAUCCAGGGAAGUAAGUGGUGAGGAAUUUCAUUCUCUUACUGGUUAUCAGGAUAUUGUACCUGGGUUCUACCACAGGGAUGAGCAACCUGCACUGGUGUUGAAGUACUCAUUCUCACCAGAAUAAUCUGGGCUGCAUUCAUACCAAGUUGAUUGUGACUAAAGGGAACAUUGUCAGGACAGAACUAAAAAUGAUGAUGCCACUCAUUCUUUCACUUUUUCACAUCUCCAUCCACCAAUCUCUUGUUUUACACCCAAUUUUCUGACUCUUCCUCCUUAUAUAGAAACAGGGAGGAAUUUAUUACCUUUACCAGCAUCCAAAUUGACUGUUUACAAAGAGAGUUUGGACUUCUAAACAAGGGCUUUAUGAAAUUAUGACAAAGACUACAUGUGACAUAAGGGCUAUUGGUUGCCCAGACUAUUCUACUAAGUCUGGGAUUGUUUUCUCCAUAACUGGUAACCAAGUUAAUCCAUUUUGGGGUUUGCAUAGCUCAUGAAUUAUGAACUAAUUGGGUUCUGUUAAAAAAUAAACAAACCUUAGCAUAUUGUGUGAAUGCCCCAUUAGGUUUAAUUAACUAGGUUACAUGUACAUGUGAACACAACUCAGCAUUUGUUUUGUUAUGUUUUCCUGUACAAAACAAGAAAAACAUUGAAGGAGAUCUUCCAAACCACUUAAGUUGCUUCUUUAUAAUUCUACCAAUCUAAUAUCUCUCUGAGAUUUACACUCAGUAUAUCACAGCUUUUACAAUGAUAAACUUAAAGCUUGGGUAUAUUUAGAAUUGGCCUCCAAAUGGUAAGAAAAUAAUGGCAGGAAUUUACAAAAAGGAGAGCAGAUUCUGACCUGUUUCUGGGGCAUGUGCUUCAAUGAGUAGAAAUCCAGGUCAUUUUGAGAUAAUCCUAUUUUUAUACGUAUGACCGAUGCUUAAAUUAAGGCAUGCAAAGAUGGCCUUUGUUGACUUGUCUUCAUUUAUAAGUCCGUCUCAUAUUCUCAUCAGCAAAUUCAGAAUUAUUACAUUUUUUAUGUUUAAUAUUUUAAGGCAUUCUGAUAGGCAUUUGGGUCUGUGUACUUGGCUAAGAAAAGCAUGACAAAAUUUGGAGAUGUUCAAAAACCAAGUCUUUCUAUAUUCACACACAUUUGUCUAGCAACUAUGGUUAAUUCAGUUAAAAAAAAUGUAACUUAAAAAUGAUGUCUUCAGAUACCACUGUAAAAAAAAAAAAAAACUGUUCCCAAACUGUAUUCCAUUUUUUAUGUAAAUUUUAUGAAGCAGUUGCUGUUUUUUCUUUUCCCCUCCCACAUUAAAGUUGAUUUUAACAGUUA